ACAGUGCGGAAGUGUUUCUCUCUCAAGAUCGCCCAGAACGUCGGAGAGAAAUGUUAGGUUGACUCGAGGGCGUAAACCUGUUGUGUUGCCGUUCUAAUUCAAAUGUGAGGACGUGUGUAGACUACUGAUAUGGUUACACCAGUCGCGAUAUAGUCACGGAGUUGACAACACAACCACAUUGCUUCAGGCCACCCGGAUCUAGGACGGAGAACCAGCCCAGUUCUCUGAAAAUCCAGCGCACAACAAGGCUGUCAACUUUGACAACGUACCUUCGAGUGGCCAGGUAUGCAACGAGGUGUUUAAGGAAUCCCUUUGAAGACAGCAAUACGCCUUAAUUUUGCCUGCGCCAACUGGUGAUUCCAAGCUCAUUUGGUUUAAUUCUACUAAAUGGUUGGAAGGUAGAAGAACGCCUCUGGGUUCUAUCGUCUACCUGAGAGUAAGACGUCGGUGGAUUUUCACUCGCUAUUAAAUGAGUCGGCCCGAGCGUUGGCCUAUACGUAUACGGAUAACAACGGCAUCGGCCUACAAGCGACGACCGACGGCUGUCGACACAACACAGGGCGGUGCGGAGCCCGCGCCGUGGAAUGUGGACGGACCGGGAGGGACCAGGGGAAUGCACGGGGCAAGCAAGCAGGACGGCCGAGCCGGAACCGACAUGUCAGGCGAGGGGAAGGGCGGGAGGGGAGAACCACAGAACACCGAAGACAUGGUGCUCACGGCUAUGGUGCGGGUGCUGGAAGAAGCAAUCCAGUCACUUGAUACCCUGAACGACCAGAUUGUCCAGUUCAUCUUCACGCCAAAGUCGUCUGAGUGCGAUGGGGAGGGGGACGCCAUGUCACCGAAGGAGCGCGACACGCUCAAGGCCUCCAUGGCGCUCAUGCGCAGACUCCUGGUUGAUGCACAGGCGAAGUUUAGAAAAAUGGUUGACGACAACAAGCAGCUUGCGUCCAGAAUCGACGGGUCCAUCCAGUCAGCCAACCAAGAGGUCAACGCCCUCCGCGCUGAGCUGGCCGACACCAACAAGAGGCUAACCGAACUGAGCUGCAGGACAGAAAAUAACCACAUCGACAACGAUGAAUGGAGAUCUUGGGAUACAAAGAAAGAUGAUCCCUCAGAACAAAGCCUGCGGCAGAAGGAACAGGAGGUUUCCAACUUAAGGGAGGCAAAAGUGCGUCUUGAAGAAGACAACCGCAGCCUCUUGAAGGAGCUGGAGGAGCUGAGGUCACAGAAAACCAUUGAGAGCCAGUCUGGCCCUGCCGUGUCUGAACUUAAAGUACAGCUGACACAGACAGAACAUGAGCUGGCCAGGGCAAAGGAAGCUCUUGCAGCAAUGAAAGCGGACAGGAAGAGAUUGAAGGCAGAAAAAGUGGACCUGUUAAACCAGAUGAAGCAACUGUAUGGAACACUGGAGGACAAAGAGGAUGAACUCAGGGAGUUCAUACGCAACUAUGAGAUGAGGAUGAGGGAAAGUGAUGAAAGCAUCAAACAGCUGAUCCUGGAGAAGGAAGGUUCAGAGAAGGAGAAGUGGGAGAUCCUUAAGAAGGCCCGAGACUCGGCCGAGAGGUCAGUCUUCCUCCGGCAGCAGCUGGACCAGAAGGAAGGACUCAUCAAGAAACUGGAGACAGAACUGUCACAGACGAGACUCCAGCUUGAACAGAACCAGCAGCACCAGAGACUGAGUAUAGCUGAGUCCUCCCCGCGGCCGGAGACAUUAGGAGAGGCCAGCCCACUACCUGCUGAAGAUAACCACAUCUCAGAUGACCUGCAGUUAUCUCUCCAUGUCGGCGAUUCUCUGACACCAAGCGGCUCCAUGGACAUGCAGUUACACGCAUCGGACGGUGAUUUCCCCACCCCCCGGGGCUCCAUGGAGCUGCACACCCCCACCCCUGCAGAACCUACCCCCAGGGGGUCAGUAGAGAUCAGUCCUCAGAGUGUGGACGAGUCAAAAACUUCAGUGGAGUUCUACACGCCUGAAGUGUCACUGUCAGACAGUGUCCAAGAUGUGACACAAUCACCGAUUCAACAACAUUCUACCCCUAUAUCAGAAUCUGCACCUUCAUCAUGUAACCUCCAGGAAACUCCCGUGUCUGAGGAGGGUCUGUCCUCCAACCCCCCCAGUGUUGCCAGCACCUCCAGAUACUCCCCUGUUCAUAUACCAGACGACUCCAAGUCAGACGGAUACAACUCCAGUAGAGAUAGCGGCCUGGGAGGGGCCAAGAAGAAGAAGAGCACCAAAAAGUUUGGGUCUCUUUCUAAGGUCUUCGGAAGAAACAAGCAUCGCAAGUCUUUAGACCCAAGCUUGUUAGAAGAAGUAGAGACCCAGAGCGGCAGUUACACCCUGCCGACACGCGGCACCCUGCACCACAGUCUGCACCAGGAGGAGGCCGCAGACCGGCUGCAGGUGCUGCAGGAGACACGCAGGCUGCCCAUGACCCAGUGGAAGGCCGACCACGUCCUGGCCUGGCUCGAGUACACCAUGUGCAUGCCUAUGUACUCUAAACACUGUACAGAGAACAUCAAAAGUGGCAAGGUGCUGCUGGGCCUAAGUGACCAUGAACUAGAGUCAGGGCUGGGAAUCACCAACAAUCUACAUCGCAGGAAACUCAGGCUAGCUAUAGAGGAACAUAGGACACCUGAAGCUAGUAAGUACAGUAAAGCCUCCCAGAUGGACCACCGCUGGGUGUCGAGGACCUGGCUGACGGACCUGGGCCUGCCUCAGUACCGCCCGGCGUUCGAGUCCCUCCUGGUGGACGGGCGUGUGCUGGCCACACUCACCCGCAAGGACCUGGAGAAGUACCUCAGCAUUUCCAGGAAGUUCCACCAGGUGUCGCUGCUGCACGGCAUUGACUUCCUACGGAGGGUCAAGUUUGACAAGGAGGCUCUUCAUGAAAGGAGGUUGCAGUGUGAAGACAUAGACUGUGACCCUCUGGUGUGGACCAAUCAAAGGCUCAUCAAAUGGGCACAGAACAUAGACCUGAAGGAGUAUUCAAACAACCUAGCAGAGAGCGGGGUGCACGGAGCGCUGCUGGUGCUGGAGCCGUCAUUCAAUGCCGACGCCAUGGCAACGGCCCUGGGGAUCCCGCCCACCAAAACCAUCAUCAGGAGACACCUGACCACAGAGUUAAACUCACUGGUCAUGCCUGCAAGAGCCACACUCACAGUGAUGGCAGGGAGUCAGGCACACAGUAGGACAACCUGGAGGCAGCGCUGGCGGACAAAAGCGAAACGGGAGUCCCGUGAGGUGGAUGGCAGGGUAACCAUUAGUAGCUCACUGCAGUCGAUCUGGGCGGCGUUAGCAGCAGCGUCCGGCGGAGGUGACAGCAGCACGCGGCCCAAGUCUGCCUCCGUGUUGUCAUCGCGCCCGAGCUCAGCGGGGUCGGUGGGGAGGUCAGGGUUCGGCAGGUCCAACCAUCAGGCAGCUUCAGACGAGGAGAAAAAGGGCAGCUUCAGGAGGAGCUUUAGGGGCUCACUGGGUCGAGCGUUUGGUAAGAAGUAUCGCGAGCAUCAGGCCAGAUCGGCGGUGAUCGAGAGAACGCCGGAGCGGCAGGAGGAGGAACCGCCGCCCGCAGCCACGCCCAAACGGUCGCGCAGCCAGGAGCUCGAGACGACCACUGUAUAGUACAGGGAACUAUGGGAUUGAUCAUGUCAUGUUAGUCUGGAAAUUCAUCUCUGGUGGUAGGCGACUACACUUCAUUUUCAGCAAAGUGGAUUCAGACUUACACAUUUUUGGGGGGAAUUUGCAACUUUUCUCAAUAUGAAUGUGUCACAUUUUUGGAUCUCACACUCAGAUUUGUGAGUGUCUAGAAGUAGUUCAGUUGUUCAUUUUGAGAAGAGUUGGAAAAUUCCAAAUGUAUAUUGUAUCUGAAGUUUGGUCGCUUACCACCAUCAUUUCAUGUUGUCACCACAGAGUGUAGUCAUGUGGAGAAAGAUAAAUUAGUCUUUGAUAGUAACAUUGUAUCACCUACAGAGUAGUCACAUUGACAAGUUUAAAUCUACUGAAUUGUUGUAUCUGGUUCACAUCACCAAACAAACAUGGCUUUUAUUUUGUUGUGACUGUAAGUUCUCAAAAGUGUUACUUUUAUGCAUGUUUCUCUUAGACGUUGAAAAUCAUGGGGACAUUCUCUGCUGCAAAUCGGGAUGGAUACCAUUCCGCAUUUUAUAUUUCAACCACUUUGGCAAAGUGGAAGGCUUACUGUUUUUAACAUGUUGUAAAUUUGUCUGAGUGGUUUUAGACUGUGAUGUAAAAAUGUUGGAAUUUUAUUGUGGCAGAAGCUAUCCAGAUGUUUAUGAUGCAUGCUCAUGCGUCAGUUGAUUUUAAAGCAUUCACAGAUACAUUUGCAUCAGAUGCAAUAAACGAUUACAGCAGCACAAAAAAUUUUAUGUGAUUUUAUCUUCUGGUCACCCCAAAACUGAUGCAAGAGUGAAAAAAAGUUCGGCUGAAAAAAGAGACACAAUUGCACAUGUCAAUGUAUUUUGUAAUGGUUUAGAAUCGGGGACAUUUGAAGUAGAACUGAGUGAGCCACAGGAUUCACAUUGGCAUGUGCAUAAUUUUAACCUACAGAGAUAUGGAGAGUUCCAAACUCAAAAAGUCCAAGUGCCUUAAUAAGGUUACUAAGAAUCAUGUGCAGCCAAAGAGCUUGUAGCUGAUAAAAGAUGCAGUUAAAACUAUGCUGACACUUCACAAAUCAUUGCACUUAUUUUUAAAGGGAAAAAUGAACUAUUGUGCCAGAUGAUUUUAAUAACACUAGUCUGUUGGAAAAAGGGGUUUUUACCUGCUACUGCAGCACGUCGGCAGAAGUACUGCACCUGCGUUAAACCCGUAGUGUAUUGUGCAUAGCAUUUCGGUAGAACGUCUCAUAUAAGGUCGUAUUCGCGCAUAUAAGGUUAACACUCCGUCUGUAGUUUCCAAAUGUUAUGUCGAAAAAGAUAUCUUCUGCAAAAGGCAAAAUUUUGAUACAACGUUGACCAAAAAUCCACCGAAAACCGUGAAAAUACAGGGUUCUGCGCAGGCACAGUACGUUCUGCCGACGUGCUUGCUACUGCUAUCAUGGCUUGUUGGGAGGGGACAUGGUUAGUUACUAUACACUAGUGCUGGCCUUUUGAUUCAUAAAACUUGCUAUGUCACCUAGUUGGAAAGUCCUUGUUUCCAUGCAGUAUUUCUGUUCAGCAGUGUUAUGUUUUAUGCUGGCAUUUUGUGGUCGUGCAUUUCUGAGGCAGAUAAAGCUAUUUGUUGUAUCGAACAACAGUUCAAGUCAUGAUUGGUUUUAAGUAAAUACUGGUAGGACAAGCUUUGUCUUCAGUAUGCAUAUCCUCUGGCAGUAGUACAUGAAUGUCAUAACAAAUUUGCCAAAAUUAUUACACUGUUAAAGUCUCAGAUUACAACCUUGAUAGCACAGUUUAUGAUACACUGAGUCAGUCUUGGACCUAAAAAUGCCCAGAAAUGAAGCCCAACAGAUCCUACUUUUUGUACAUUGAGCAUGGCCCCACAGACCACAGUAUUGUGUCUACACAAGUUGGACUUGUGAAAAUGUGUGUGGUGAAGGAUUAUUCUGCUUCAGGUGUCAUUGUGAUGUACCACUCAUUCUUGCCGCUUUUGCAUGUUGCACCUGCAUUGGCAAGGAGAAUGUUGUAAAGUAUUUCCUUCCUGCAUUUCUGGCUUCAAGUACAAUCUCCCUUUGUAGAUGCAGUUUCAUUGCAUGGAAAGAACACUACAGCUUCUGUGCUUUGUUAAUGUACCACAACUGUGAAGAGGCAUAGCUUGUUACAAUAUUACCAUCAUGAUGGAAUAUUACGGUGUUGUUAGUCUGUGUACCAAGUGUAAAUGUAUGUGAUACCACGAUUCAGCAAGCUACAGAGACUGGAGUAUAGAAAGAUCUGAGACGUUUUUAGACUUGUCCCCAGUUGCAAAACUAAUAGGAAGCUCUAUGUGGAAAGAAUGACAAGUAAAAUUGAUAUGCUUUAUCUAUAGGAUCUAUUUUUAUGACAAACCACGACUAACAGGACUUGUCUAUAAGUAAGGAAACAAAGGGAUCAAGGGUCAAAAAGCAUUGGCCAUUGCUGUACAGAAUUGAUUUGCAAAUGAAUUGUGUGUGAAGUAUAAUAUCAAUUGUUUUGCAUAUUUCUGCAAAUUUUCAUAUUUUUGUACCAUAAUUACAGGGAAUCAGACAUGCUGGUUUGUUAAUCUUGCCGAGGCAGAUUUUAGAGAUUAUGACUUUGGUAGUUGCACUGUGUGGAAGUUUUACUGCUGAUGUUGUUUUUUUUUUCAUUAAUUGUUCAUGUCUGUUCCCAUGAGAUGUAAAAAUUGAUGGCUAAUAAAUUUUGACGUUGAUUCAGAACUCAA